AUGCAUGCCAAACGCAGUACUCCAUGGAGACUAACCUUGAGUUCAAUCUCCCUCCUUAUCUUCUCACUCUUUCUCCUCCGUUUCUCGUUUGUCCCAGCUUUCCGAUUAUCCUCUUCCGAUCCUGGUGCAGUUGCCCUCGAUGAUGACUUUCACUACUCUCCUACCCUUUCUCACGUCUCCAAACGGGAAGACGACCCACCCACGGAUCCGUAUGAGAUAGCUCUCAAAAAGGGUGAAGCACUCUACUGUGAUAUGAAGGCGACUCAGGCAGCACUUGAGGCUAAGAAUGGAAAGUCUGCAGAGUCGCCUUCAUAUCUCCAAAAACACGGCUUAGAGGAUUAUGAAGGCUGGGAUAAACUUGCAAACCCAAAACCAACAUUUGGAGAUCGUCUGAAUGAGGCAUUGAAGGGUAUCGGAGCCCCCAUCAGCUUGUACCACUACAACUGGGUGAAUACUGGAGGGGGUGACUGGUACUCUGAUCCCGCUGGCUUUCUCGAUGGUUCUCUAGACCUAGACGAAGCUGAAGUAAAAGCAGUCGCUGCCACUGGAGCAAACUUUGCGAGCUCUUUUUCUCUGAACCCAGGGGUCAUCAUUGCUGAUCAUAACGUCGGGGUUAAUUAUGCCGCGAAACAGGCAUCUCCAAUAGACAAGGAGACAACAGCUCUCACCCAUAUACAACAGUGGAGCGAUGCUGUUUGGAUGCAGUGGGACAGAGUCUGCUCUGAAUCGGGAGAUGUCCAAGAUCUGAAAUACAUCAUCCGCGCCCAGGUUGUGAACCACGCCACUCUCAAGAUCGUAUUCCAGGCCAUUCUCAACAAAUAUGACAGAGACCACAAGAAGAAGUCCUUAGGCCCUUGGAAGAAAAGAAUAGUCAUGACUCAUCAAAAGGACCCCAAGGAACUUUACGCCAUCCUGGGUAGCCCCAAUGGAUCAGGAGCAGCCUUCAUGCUAAUUAACCACAAAAAUAGACUUGGAGGGGCAAGGGCCAUUAACAAAGUCGAGAUAUUUGUUCCUGAGGGAAACUUUGAGGUUAAGGGUACUGAGGUUGGCCGUGAACAAGAGGAAUGGCAUGUUAUGCUUUUGUUUCAUAUCGUUGACGCCUCUCGAGCUUGA